UGUCUACAUAAAUGUGAGCGUUCACCUUCAUCGUCAGAUCCUCUGCAGCCCAGUAGGUGGCGGAAACGCGCCAACCGUCAUGUGAACUCACCAGAGAAGAAGAAGGGAAACCACGAACGUAAAGCGACAUACUGAGUCGUAAACACGCAACAUGGCGACAGCAGCAAUGACAGUUCGCGGUGUCGCUUUUAUUCGGAACAUGUCUGCGUCGUUUCACUGCAGGUUGCAGGCUCUGAUUGGUCGCUGUCCUCAGCAGCUGUCGUGUCUCCACACCAGUGCCUUGCUGGAGUCAAAGACCUGGGAGAGGAGGAACCUGAAGGUGUUUCCUCCUCAGAAACCAGAUGAAGCUCGAAGACCAGCCGAGAUUCAUCUGAGCCGGAGGCAGAUUAAAUACAGCAAAGACAAGAUGUGGUAUCUGGCAAAGAUGAUUCGAGGGCUGAGCAUCGACCAGGCCGUCGCUCAGCUGGAGUUCAACGACAAGAAAGGAGCAAAGAUCAUGAAGGAGGUUCUUCUUGAAGCUCAGGACAAGGCCGUCAAACAUCACCACGUGGAGUUCAAGUCCAACCUGUACGUAGCAGAGUCGUUCUCCGGUAAAGGUCGGUACCUGAAGCGUCUCCGUUACCAUGGUCGCGGGAUGUGUGGCGUCAUGGACAAAGUUUACUGUCACUACUUUGUGAAGCUGGUGGAAGGUCCGCCCCCGAGGACAGAGGAGAGGACGGGUCUGGACGAGGCGAGAGACUACGUCCAGAAGCUGCGUGACAGAACCAUCAUCCACAGUCUGUAGAUGAGCUGGAUCCGUGACUUUUGGUCGUAGAGAGAUAUUUUUUUACAUUCUCCGGUAUGAAGAAGUGGAAAGGGAACUUGGCUUGUAACCGGAGGGUCGCUGGUUCAAGUCCCCACCAGGUCAAGAAAGGGCUGGGGUACCCCUGAGCAAGGCACCCAUUCCCCAUUGCUCUCUGUGCGCUACUCAUCCUAAUUCUAGGAUGGGUCAAAUGCAGAGAAAUACUUUCCCCAAGGGGAUUAAUAAAGUAUAAUAUUUAAAUGUU